AUGGAGCCAAAGGGCAGAGGGUCACUUUCUGAGAAUUCAGACCUUCCCCAUGCUGGAAACCCAAAAGAAAAUGGCCUGACCACUGUGCUGCUGACCCCUGCAUACCAGGAGUCGAUGAUCAGGGAUAUGGCUGAGGCUCUCACCCAGUGGGGGCAGCUGAACACUCCUCAAGGAGAUGUGCCUGAGAAGCAUAGGAAUCUGGUCUUGCUGGGGCUUCCAAUUUCCAAGCCUGAUGUAAUCUCUCAGUUAGAGUGUGAGGAGGAGCUGGAGAGAGAAGUCUCAAAAGCAACUAGUCCAGAGAGAUUUCCAAAGGAAAGUUCCAGUGAAUGUGAGGAUUCUUUAGAGAGUCGGCAGGAAAACCAUGAGAAACAUUUAAUACAAGAGGUUGUCCCUCAGAAGAAACCUUCUGGGGAGAGAAGUUACCAGUGUGAUGGAUUUGGAAGAAAUUUUAGUCGGAGGACAUUACUUGUUCAGCAGCAAGGAGAGCGACGACACAAUUGUGAUUCAUUUAAAAAGAACUUGAAACAAAAUUCAGAUCUAAUGAAACAUGAGAAAAUUUUUGCAGAAAAGAAGCCUUGGAAGUGUAAUGAGUGUGAAAAGGCCUUUAGUUACUACUCAGCUUUUGUCUUACAUCAGAGAAUUCACACAGGAGAAAAACCCUAUGAAUGUAACGAAUGUGGUAAAGCCUUUAGUCAGAGCAUACACCUUACUCUACACCAGAGAAUUCAUACGGGAGAGAAACCUUACAAAUGUCACGAAUGUGGGAAAGCCUUCAGUCACCGCUCAGCCCUUAUUCGGCAUCAUAUAAUCCAUACUGGGGAGAAACCCUAUGAAUGCACUGCAUGUGGGAAGGCCUUUAAUCAGAGUUCAUACCUCACUCAACAUCAGCGAAUUCAUACUGGAGAGAAACCUUAUGAGUGUAAUGAAUGUGGAAAGGCCUUCAGCCAAAGCACAUUCCUUACCCAGCAUCAGGUCAUUCACACUGGAGAAAAACCCUAUAAGUGUAAUGAAUGUAGGAAAGCUUUUAGUGAUCGUUCAGGCCUUAUUCAGCACCAGAGAACUCAUACUGGGGAGAGGCCUUAUGAGUGUAAUGAAUGUGGGAAAGCCUUUGGCUACUGUUCAGCCCUGACUCAACACCAGAGAACUCACACUGGGGAGAAACCCUACAAAUGCAAUGAUUGUGCCAAAGCCUUCAGUGACCGCUCAGCCCUUAUUCGUCAUCAGAGAACACACACUGGAGAGAAACCUUACAAGUGUAAGGAUUGUGGAAAAGCUUUCAGCCAGAGCUCAUCUCUUACAAAGCAUCAGAAAACUCACACUGGAGAAAAACCUUAUAAGUGUAAGGAAUGUGGAAAAGCUUUCAGCCAGAGUUCAUCCCUUUCUCAACAUCAGAAAACUCAUUCUGGAGGGAAAACCAAGGAAUAUGGAAAAGCCUUUAGUGAGCAUUCAACCUUUGGCCAGCAAAAGAGAAUUCAUACUGGAUAA